GACGCUCCGCUCGUUCCUGGACCACUGCCUGGCGCUCCGACUCAGCUGGACUUGCACAACCGAGCUCGACACCAUCGUGGUGGACUACCUCAACUCGAUGUACAUGGGCGGCCACGGGGCCGACGAGGCCAGCCGCCUGAUCGCCGCCUUGGGCCACGUGUUCCCGGAGCUGCACAAGAAGACCCGGGCAGCACUUCCGAGAGCCCCGAGAUGUGCGGCCAGCUGGUCGCGGCGGACUCCUGCCCAGUCCCGCCUGCCCAUGCCCCGCUUAUCGGCGUUGGCGAUAGCGGGCGGCAUGAUCAUGCUGGGGCUCCCCAGGGUGGCCAUCGUGGUAGCGAUCUCGCACGCUUGCUACCUCCGCCCCAUCGAAGCGAUGGCCUUGAUCGGCAAGAGCAUCGUCGCCGCGGUUCCCACGGCGGGCGCAGGGUGCACCAUGAUGGGCCUGGUCUUGCACGAGACGUGCCCCGGCGUGCCAGGGAAGACCGGCGCUUUCGACGACGCAGUCACCAUCGACGACCGCUGGUUGUGGGAGCCCCUCCUGGGCUUGAAGGCUGCCGGCCACCCGGACCACGCGCUGUGGAACUUCGACGGGGAGCUGUACCGCGAGGCGUUCGCGGCUGUAGCCGAGGGCCUGGCCAUGGGGCCUUUCGACCCGCACCCUUGCCAGCUCCG